AUGAAGUUCAUGCAACUUGCCUCCUUCAUUGCUCUUCUGGCGGUGGGAGCACUAGCAGUACCUCACCCGAAUGCUAACAAAGACGUGACGUCUGGCACGUUGGAUGACCACUACAGCAGGUCUGCUGAGAACGACGUGACCGCUGGCACGCUCGACGACCACUAUAGCAGGUCUGCUGAGAGCGAUGUGACCUCCGGCACAUUGGACGACCACUACAGCAGGUCUGCUGAGAGCGAUGUGACCUCCGGCACAUUGGACGACCACUACAGCAGGUCUGCUGAGAGCGAUGUGACCUCCGGCACAUUGGACGACCACUACAGCAGGUCUGCCGAGAAAGGAGUGACUGCUGGCACGCUGGACGACCACUACAGCAGGUCUGCCGAGGAAGACGUGACUGCUGGUAUUGAAAUCCCGAAAUCGGGGCAUAAUUGUUCGGGGCCUAUGAGUGCGAACGCCAUAUGA